AUGUCGCUCUCCCACCUGUACGGCGGCGACGCGGCGUCGGCUGCUGCAGCGGGCGCGGACGACGACGACGUGGAGAUGGAGCGCUUCGAGAUCACGGACUGGGACCUGGAGAACGAGUUCAACCCCAACCGGCAGCGCCACUGGCAGACCAAGGAGGAGGCCGUCUACGGCGUCUGGGCCGAGCGGGACUCCGACGACGAGCGGCCCAGCUUCGGCGGGAAACGGUCUAAAGAUUAUUCAGCCCCCGUGAACUUCAUCAGUGCUGGGCUGAAGAAAACGGCAGCGGAUGAGGUGGUCGAUGAGGAUUCUGACGAGGAUGAGAAGCCUCCGAAGCCAGAGGAAGCCCCCAAAGAGUUUGUGCCAAAGAAGUUAAAAACAGGUGGCAAUUUCAAGCCCAGCCAGAAAAGUUUUGUAGGGGGAACCAAGUCCUUCAUGGACUUUGGCAGCUGGGAGAGGCACACCAAGGGGAUUGGGCAGAAGCUUCUUCAGAAGAUGGGCUACGUGCCUGGCAGAGGUCUCGGCAAGAAUGCUCAAGGUAUCAUCGCCCCUAUUGAGGCCAAGCAGAGGAAAGGCAAAGGGGCCGUGGGGGCCUACGGCUCGGAGCGGACGUCCCAGUCCUUGCAAGACUUCCCUGCGGUGGACUCGGAGGAAGAAGCGGAAGAGGAGUUCCAGAAGGACCUCAGCCAGUGGCGGAAGGACCCAAGCGGGGGCAAGAAAAAACCAAAGUAUGCCUACAAGACAGUGGAGGAGCUAAAGGCCAAGGGCCGGGCGGGUAAGCAGCUCUCGGCCCCUCAGAAGGAGCUGGCACAAGUCAAGGUGAUCGACAUGACCGGCCGGGAGCAGAAGGUCUAUUACAGCUACAGCCAGAUCAGCCAGAAGCACAACAUCCCGGACGACACCCCCCAGCAGCCCCUGCCCCUGGGCAAGGACGCCAAGCCCCAGGCCUUCGCCCUGCCCGAGCUGGAGCACAACCUGCAGCUCCUGAUCGACCUCACGGAGCAGGAGAUCAUCCAGAACGACCGGCAGCUGCAGUAUGAGCGGGACAUGGUGGUCAACCUGACCCACGAGAUCGAGAAGAUGGACGAGGUCCUCGCCCACGAGGAGGUGGAGGUCCGCAACCUCAGCAAGGUCCUGGAGAUGGUGGAGGAGUGCGAGAGGCGGAUGCAGCCCGGCUGCGACAACCCCCUGACCCUCGCCGAGUGCGCCAAGGUCUUCGAGACUCUCCAGGAUAAGUAUUACGAGGAGUACCGGAUGUCCGACCGCGUGGAUCUGGCGGCAGCCAUCGUCUUCCCGCUGGUGAAAGACUACUUCAAGAGCUGGGACCCCCUGAAGGACUGCAUGUACGGCACAGACAUCCUGGGCCAGUGGAAGAGCUUGCUGGAAAAUGACCACUUGUUGUCCCAUGGCGGGCAGGACCUGUCCUCGGAUGCUUUUCACCGGCUGAUGUGGGAGACGUGGAUGCCGUAUGUCCGGAACAUCGUAGGACAGUGGCAGCCCCGGAACUGCGUCCCGAUGGUGGACUUCCUGGACAGCUGGGGGCACAUCAUCCCCCUCUGGAUCCUGGACAACAUCCUCGACCAGCUGAUUUUCCCCAAGUUGCAGAAGGAGGUGGAGAACUGGAACCCUCUCACGGACACGGUUCCCAUCCACUCGUGGAUCCACCCCUGGCUGCCCCUCAUGCAUGCCCGCCUCGAGCCGCUCUACUCGCCCAUCCGCAACAAGCUGGCCAGCGCCCUCCAGAAGUGGCACCCCAGCGACUCCUCCGCCAAGCUGAUCCUCCAGCCCUGGAAGGAGGUCUUCACCCCGGGGUCCUGGGAGGCUUUCAUGAUCAAGAACAUCGUGCCGAAGCUGGGUCUGUGCCUGAACGAGCUGCUCAUCAACCCUCACCAGCAGCACAUGGAUGCCUUUUUCUGGGUGCUGGACUGGGAAGGCAUGAUCUCUGCCUCCAGCCUGGUGGGGCUGCUGGAGAAGCACUUCUUUCCCAAGUGGCUGCAGGUUCUGUGCUCCUGGCUAAGUAACAACCCUAAUUACGAAGAGAUCACCAAGUGGUACCUGGGGUGGAAGUCUAUGUUCUCGGACCAGGUGUUGGCCCACCCCUCCGUCAAGGAGAAAUUCAACGAAGCCCUGGACGUCAUGAACAGAGCCGUCUCUUCCAGUGUGGGGGGCUACAUGCAGCCUGGUGCGCGAGAGAACAUUGCUUACCUGACCCACACGGAGCGCCGGAAGGACUUCCAGUACGAGGCCAUGCAGGAGCGCCGGGAAGCCGAGAACAUGGCCCAGCGGGGGAUCGGCAUGGCUGCCGGCUCUGUGCCCAUGAACUUCAAGGACCUGAUCCAGACCAAGGCCGAGGAGCACAACAUCGUCUUCAUGCCAGUCAUUGGGAAGCGGCACGAAGGGAAGCAGCUGUACACCUUUGGGCGCACCGUCAUCUACAUCGACCGGGGGGUGGUCUUUGUGCAGGGGGAGAAGACCUGGGUCCCCACCUCCCUCCAGAGCCUCAUUGACAUGACGAAGUGAGAGUGAGGGGCCGGGCCCACUCUGCCAGUGGGGAGGACUGGUCCGGGACGCCUCGAGGGGGCUGUGCUGCCAUCCUGGUUUGCCAGAAACGUUCUGCGCUGCAGCGGCCCCGAAGGGCUUCAGACAAGCACAGCUAGGCCCUUGAAGGGGCUUCGCUGUGUCCAUAAAAAUUUAUCUUAUUUUGUGUUAGUGGGUGUCCAGUCCACUCAUUCACGGGCCUGAAGUAGAAGUCAGCUCUUCUGCUGGAAGAAGCUGCCUUCCGCCCUUCAGAAGCCAUUCUUCCUGGAAGAAACGGGGAUGCAUUUGGUGAGCCCCCAGCAGAACAGGGCGAGGGGCAGGAGGCUGGGCCUGUGAGGCUGUGCUUGUAGGAGUUCUGGCAGGGGUCUCAGGGCCCACGGGCAGGGAGCAGAUGCUCCCGUGGCGAGGCCCAGUGCACUUAUGGAGCCUGAGGUGUGGGCACCCCGUAACGUGUGUGGUUUGUUUUUGGUAUCGCACACAAGUGAAAACGUUACAGGAGAAUCUUGCCUCCGGUUUAUCAAAACAGUUUUCUACACUUUUAACACUGGCAGGCUUUAAAGAACAUGACAGACUCAUCCACUGAUUCUUUUAUCAUCUAAGAGUGAUUAUUUGAGGCUGUGCAUUAUUUCUUGCCGAAUGCAAACCGGUUCCCCGUGGCCAGGAGCUGCUUCAAUGAAGAUGCUCUGUGUCAGUUCAGACUUCCGGAUUUACAGGUGUUCAAAAUCAUCUUCUAGCUGCCCCACUUAACUAGUUAGGGAAGUGCGCGUACUCUCCUUAUCUUACAUUAGCCACUGUACCAUUAUCUGCAUUCAUGUAUUUUUCCAGAAACAUCUCAGUGCUGUGUUCAUACAGUUUUAGUACUUUGAGUCUUAUCUGAGAACACCAAAAUAAGUGACUGCUAUUUUCUCAUCCAGGACACUGUUGGAUCUGAGCCACUUUACACCACAGGAAAAGGCUCGAUAUAAAUGUUUUUGUAAAUAAACCAACAU